ACGCCGCUCCCGCCGGCGCGGCCCCGAUAUAAGCGCGGGAGCGGCCGAGCGCGACCGGGACACCGGGACACGCGGGGACAGCGGCACCAGCGGCACCUCCGCCACACCGCCCUGCCCUUCCACCCAACCAUCCAACAAUCCAUCCAGCCAUCCCGCCCGGCCAUGGUGAACCUGCGGGUGUGCGCGCUGGAGUGCGAGGCGCUGCGGGCGCUGCUGCAGGAGCGCGGCGCGCAGUGCCUCGUCCUCGACUGCCGCUCCUUCUUCUCCUUCAACGCCGCGCACAUCCGCGGCUCCUGUAACGUCCGCCUGAGCACCAUCGUGCGGCGCCGCGCCAAGGGCGCCCUGGCUCUGGAGCACGUCCUGCCCAACGAGGAGCUCCGCGGCCGCCUGCGCCAGGGGCUCUUCCACACCGUGGUGCUGCUGGACGAGCGCAGCGCCGACCUGGAAAUGCCCAAGCGCGACAGCACCAUGCUGCUGGCGCUCGGCACCCUCUGCAGGGAGGCCCGCGGCGCCCGCAUCUGCUUCCUCAAGGGAGGUUACGAAGCGUUCGCGUCCGCCUGCUCCGAGCUGUGCACCAAGCCGGCCGCCCCCGCCGGGCUCAGCCUGCCCCUGAGCGCCAGCCCCGCGCCCGGCAGCGCCGAUUCGGGCUGCAGCUCCUGCGGGACCCCGCUGUACGACCAGGGCGGGCCCGUGGAAAUCCUGCCGUUCCUGUACUUGGGGAGCGCCUAUCACGCCUCCCGCAAGGACAUGCUGGACGCUUUGGGCAUCACGGCGCUGAUCAAUGUCUCGGCCAACUGCCCCAACCACUUCGAGGGGCACUACCAGUAUAAAAGUAUCCCCGUGGAGGACAACCACAAGGCGGAUAUCAGCUCCUGGUUCAACGAGGCGAUCGAUUUCAUCGACUCGGUGAAGAGCGAGGGAGGAAGGGUCUUUGUGCACUGCCAGGCUGGCAUUUCCCGCUCAGCCACCAUCUGCCUUGCUUAUCUCAUGAGGACCAACAGAGUCAAACUGGACGAAGCCUUCGAGUUUGUCAAGCAGAGGAGAAGCAUCAUCUCCCCGAAUUUCAGCUUCAUGGGGCAGCUGCUGCAGUUCGAGUCGCAGGUGCUGGCCCCCAACUGCUCAGCAGAGGCCGGGAGCCCUGCGAUGUCAGUGCUGGACAGAGGGGCCUCCACCACCACCGUCUUCAACUUCCCCGUCUCCAUCCCGGUCCACACCACGUCCAGUGCUCUAAACUACCUUCAGAGCCCCAUCACUACUUCCCCGAGCUGCUGAAGAAGCAGCUGAAGGACGUGGCCAGGACUCAGACUUGCUGUCUCAAGUGCAAUAAGGACAGGGACAGUGUCACUUGUGUUUUGUGGGGAGCUGUUGGUGCACCCCAGAACGGUGUCCAUGGAGAGGAGCUCGCCCAGUGCCAGAGAAACCAGGUGUUUCUGACUUCUCAACAAAUGUCUGGAUGUCUGCACAGAGAUCAAAGGACACUGGCUCUUCCUGAGCUGUCCCUCCUUGUCUUCUGUCUGUCCCAAGCCUGCUCCAUGUUUAGUAGCAUGCUCACCAGUAUUCCCAUUCCUGGACACUUUGGGCAACACUGAUGCUGUCCCCUUUUAUAUGACAGUCCUAUUUAUUUAUUUUUACAUUAGUGCAUUGUUGUUGGGUUUUUUUUUUUGCCUUCACAAACGUAAAGUUUCAGUUCUAGAGAAACCAAAUACCUCAGUAUUUUUUGGUACAAUAAUCCUGUGUGUGUAUAUCUGUCAGCUCUUCUUGUUUCCCAAGCACUGACAUGAAAGCACCAGGCGAGUGCUUUUGAGUUGCCAAGGGUUGUAUGUUUGCUGAUUUAUUUAUGAUGUGAAAUAAUAUAUUUCUUCUUAUGAAGACAUAGUUUUGUUACAUGAUUAUAACUUUUUUUAUACCAAACGGAAUAAAUUAUGAUAUUUCUAUUCAUCUGGAUUAUAUAGUCUUUAAAAUGCAUUUCACAGUCCCAAGACUCAUGUGAAGCUUCAGGGUGAAGAGCUGUAAUUUUCAACUCUUCUGGCCUCGGGUCUUGACUGAGAAAAAUGGGUUUAAGCACCAUAAUUGACUAGAAACUACUGCAGGUUGUUAACCUGAGCUUUUCUUUGUCCCCAUGUAAUUGUGUGCAGUGGCAGGGAGCCAGGGCUGGCUUCUCAGCUGGGAGUGGAUGUGGCUGCCCUGAUGGCUGUAACAGUUAGAACCAGCUGAGACUUGGGCACUGGGCUACACUGAAUUCAAAAUAGUUCUUCUCCUAAGAAGGAGGAAUAGGCUUCCUUAUUCCUUGUUUACUUCUAAUGCUUGAAAGGUUAAGUCUAAAAAUUAACCUGUUAGUAACAGAUCUCUAAGGCUUGGCACAAACUCACAGAGCGUUUUUCUUUUUCUGUCCCACCUCCUUAAAUCCUUUUUGCAACUCAAAUUGCCCCUGAUGCCUGCAGUGAGGUAUUUAGCUGGCUGGGCUAUCUCUGUAAACAAAUCAGGGCAUGACAAGGGAUCAGGUAACCAGCAACUCACCCAUUUUAUUACCCAGACCCAAAUAAAUUCUUUCCUGCUGGAGAUUA